AUGGGUGGCAGUGCCCCUAGUGGCAACGGCGCAGACGCGGAGCCUUUCAUCGGAGGCGUUAUCCCCAGGAACCCUCCCAGGGAUGGUGGCGCCCCCAGGGACCAUCACACGGACGGGGGGGCUUCCAGGGACCCUCACAGAGGUGGUGGCGUCCCCAGGGACCCUCACAGGGACGGCGGGGCCCCCAUGGACACUCACAGGGACCCUCACAGGGGCAGAAGCGCCCCCAGGAACCCUCCUAGGGGCAGCCUCUCCCCAAGGGACCCUCCCAGGGGCGGGUUUGCCCCCAGGAACUCUUCCAUGGGCCGGUUCGCCCUUAGGGACCCUCUCAUGAGAAGGUUUGCCCUUAGGGACCCUCUCAGGGGCAUAUACGUCUCCAAUGACUUUCCUAGGGGCGAAAUGACACCUAGGGAUCGUCCCAGGGAAAGCGGUGCUUUAAGGGAUCCGCCCAGAGGUUGA